AUGUUUCUUCAUGCCUACAACAGCUACAUGCAUUUUGCAUUUCCUGCUGAUGAACUAAUGCCAUUGUCAUGCAAAGGACGAUACCGAAACACUGAGCCUUCUCGUGGAACGGUCGACGAUGCACUGGGAAAUUUUUCUCUUUCCCUAAUUGACAGCCUCGACACACUUUUUCUCCUAGAUGAAGUUGAUGAAUUUGAGCGCGCUGUUCUCCGGGUUAUACGAAACGUAUCGUUUAAUACCAAUGUUGUUGUAUCCGUCUUUGAAACCAACAUUCGCGUAUUGGGUGGUUUACUUGGUGGGCAUGUGUCAGCCCUUGCUGUCAAAUCAAGCAACGCGAGUCGCAUGUCGUGGUACGAUAAACAGCUUCUGGACGUGGCUAUUGAUUUGGGAAACCGUCUGCUGCCCUCAUUUAACACAUCCACUGGUCUACCUUAUCCACAGAUAAAUUUACGUACUGGUUAUAUUGCAUUACAGUUGCAUACUUGUACGGCCUGCGCAGGGACGCUGAUUUUGGAGUUCGCCGCUCUCAGUCGUCUUUCUGGUAAUCCGAUCUACGAGGAAAAGGCCUCUCAGGCACUAUCAUACUUGUGGAAACAACGCAAUCGCUAUUCUGACCUUGUAGGGACUGAAAUCAACGUCCUCAGUGGAGAAUGGGUUAAAAGAGAGUCGGGCGUUGGAGCCGGUAUCGACUCAUACUACGAGAGCCUCCUGAAGGCUUAUGGCCUUCUUGGCGACCCCGUCUACUUGCAUCGUUUUCAAACGCACUACUCCGCCGUGGAACGAUAUAUGGGAGCUCCCGGAAGCAGGGCCUUCCCCUUCUCCUUCCUCAGUGUCUUCAUGCACAAACCUUCCGAGAAGUCCCGAUUCUACAUGGACGCUCUUCAGGCAUUUUGGCCCGGCCUUCAGACAAUCAAUGGAGACGUGAACGCGGCGGUGGCCCACCACGAGAUGCUCUUCAUGGUGCACCAACGACAUGGCCUUCUGCCUGAAGCCUUCACGACGGACAUGGAUAUUUACUGGCCCUACCAUCUAAUUCGGCCGGAGUUAGUCGAGUCGACUUACCUUCUCUACAGGAGCACCGGCGACUCCUACUAUUUGCACGUGGGUGCUGAGCUGUUGUCGAGCAUUGAGAAUUACACCAAGGUUUCCUGUGGAUUCGCCGCCAUAGAGGACAUUCGAACAAUGAAGCAUUCCGACAGAAUGGAUUCGUUUGUAUUGGCGGAGACCUUUAAGUACUUCUACCUCCUAUUUUCGAAGCCAUCUCAACUUCCAAUCGAUUUGGAGCAAUAUGUGCUCACAACUGAGGCGCACAUUCUCCCGAUUGGUCUUCCCAAGCAGCACCUGCCUGCGCCAAUGGCGCCUCAGCCCGACGAGCCCCACCCGUCGAGUCCCUAUCGCCGCGCUUGGGGCGAGACCUGUGCGGCGCCGGACGAGAUGGCGGUUGUUAUGCGUUUAUUCCACGCCGAGCCUGGCACCUGUCAAGCGCACCUCUGGAAGCACCUCGAGGCCAUUAGGGAGCCGCUGCGCUUCGUGGCCAAGACCAUCGGAUCGAAGCACAACAACGCGCCGGGCGACAUCCCCCUGGUGGAUCCUCCACGGCUCAGUGCUGAUGACUUCAACACAAAUAACAUCACGUACCUGCAGACGUUGCGAAAAAUGGGGAUUAUGGUAGUUGUGGGCAAGGGCGGGGAAAUCCUGCUGAAGCUCAACCGCUCGGAGGCGGAAUCUCCUCUCCUCGGUCUCUCUGGCUUAAAGUUUAUCGAAGACAUCAUCGAGAUGAACCAAGCAAGAAAUCAACAGCCACAAGCAGAGGGUGAGUCGAUCACGCCGCACACCGUCGCUCUGGUGCAUCCGCCGCAUUAUGGACGCACACGGUUUGAGGCCGGUCCCUCCAUUUUCACCCACUACCCAGGCGAGUCUGCCCAGCUGCCUCAGUCGCGGAAAAAGUCCGAUUCUCCUACCGAUAGUGAUAUCGGCACCACAGAACACUCAUGGCAACCUGUAGUAGGCCCUCUUGUUCUCACGGAACCCUUCGACGCGUGCACACCAGUAUACGCUGACGGGUAUCUUCUCCCAAGUGGAGAACAUCACGCAGACUUUUUCGAAUCAAAUGCAGAUGGAGGUGCUGGGAGCGGCUCCCACAAAAGAUUACUAAAAGACGCAAUCGCCAUCGUCAAACGGGGUGGUUGCAUGUUCCUGGACAAAGCGCUCCAUGUUAAGCAGAUGGGAGCUCGUGGAGUCAUCGUGGUGGACAGCACGCCUGGAACCUCAUCGACAAAAAACCAACUUUUUUAUAUGUCAGGCGACGCACCGGAUGGAACGCCUCCAAAGGUGUCACUGGAGCUACCGUUUGUCUUCCUGUACAACGAAGAAGGCAAAGCACUUAUCUCAAACAUGGUUCGAAGAUGGACGUCGAAGGCAGAACCCGCCAUCGCAGUGAUAGCUAAGCACAACGAUAGUCCGAGAAUUUUGUCCUACAGCUUGCGCUACCUGGACACACACUCACCGGCGAAUGCCGACGACGGCAGAAACUGCCUUGAAUUGUUGUCUCACGUCAGAAGGCCAAGUUCGCAAUGCUCAACCAGAGAACGAAUUGUGGUCAAAGAAAGUCUGUCCCAGGGCGAUGACACUUGGAACAUAACACUCGGCCCAGUGGACGACGUGGAAAGUUUUGUCCACGUGGACGAGCAGUCCGGAAGCCUUACUCCGAAGAGUCCAAUCGUUUGGAGCGAAUUCAUAGCGCAGCACUGGCCCAGCACCGCCUAUGGCGACCAGUGCAAGGAUCUGAUGCUAGCUAUUUUCGAGGCCACCCUAUCUCAGAUCGUUGAUGCAGACAGACCAAAAUCCCAAGCGUCGGUGACCAAAGUGAGUCGUCACUGGCGCGAGCGCAUUAGCGAGUGCCUGAAACCUAUGGCGGUAAACGCAACAGAUGAUUGUCUUUCGACGCAUAUACGACUAGUACUUGUGGUUAGAGCGAUGGACGCCUGUUAA